ACAAAUAGAAGAAGAACAAUUGGAUAAAAAGAAAACAUGCACUUCUUCAUUUCUUCUCUGUUUCAGCACCAACGUAAUAGCUUCAGCAGAACACAAUGAAGAACAACGAUAACAACAGCAGUUCAAGUAUCGAUUCAAGAUUUAAUCAAACUCUAAAAAAUGUCCAAGGGUUGCUUAAAGGUCGCAGUAUUCCUGGUAAAGUAUUGCUGACCAGGAGAACAGAUCCUCCCGAGGAUCCAAGCGUACACUCUCCUGGUUUUGGGAGGAGCUUUUCGGAAAAUGAUGCUGGCAUAAGUGAUCGAAUGGACAUGUCGAAGGAGGCAGAAGCUCGGAGUACAAGCAAGCUAAACAAUAAUGCAACUACAAACAAAUUGAAACCUUCAGUUUCCAGUAUUGAGAUUGCAUCCAAAGACGUUCAGAAGAUCCCUAUGGGUGCUAGAGCUACAGAUUCUGCAAGGGUUAUGAAGUUCACUAAAGAGCUCUCCGGAACAACGGUUAUAUUAGAGAGAUUGCGUGAGUUAGCUUGGAGUGGUGUACCACCAUACAUGCGUCCCAACAUUUGGAGGCUUCUCUUGGGAUAUGCACCACCUAAUUCAGAUAGAAGGGAGGGGGUUUUGAGAAGGAAGCGCAUCGAGUAUCUUGAUUCUGUUGCUCAAUUUUAUGACAUUCCGGAUACAGAACGUUCAGAUGAUGAGAUCAACAUGCUUCGCCAGAUUUCUGUUGAUUGUCCUAGGACUGUACCUGAUGUCACUUUUUUUCAACAAGCUCAAGUUCAGAAAUCACUGGAGCGCAUUCUUUAUACAUGGGCAAUCCGGCAUCCUGCAAGUGGAUAUGUUCAGGGAAUAAAUGACCUUGCAACACCCUUUCUGGUUGUUUUCCUAUCUGAAUACUUGGAAGGAGACAUUGAUAACUGGUCGAUAUCUGAUCUAACUCCAGUUAAAAUCUCUAACAUAGAGGCUGAUUGUUAUUGGUGCCUCUCAAAGCUACUAGAUGGCAUGCAAGACCAUUACACAUUUGCUCAACCAGGAAUACAGAGACUUGUAUUUAAGUUGAAGGAAUUGGUUAGGCGGAUUGAUGAACCUGUUUCAAGGCACAUGGAAGAGCAGGGGCUUGAAUUUCUUCAAUUUGCUUUUCGCUGGUUCAACUGUCUUUUAAUACGUGAGAUCCCUUUUCAUCUUGUAACCCGCCUGUGGGACACAUACCUUGCUGAAGGAGAUGCUUUGCCAGAUUUCCUUGUGUACAUAUAUGCAAGUUUUCUUUUGACGUGGUCAGAUAAGCUACAGAAACUUGAUUUCCAAGAGAUGGUGAUGUUUCUUCAACACCUUCCAACUCAGAACUGGACACACCAAGAGCUAGAGAUGGUACUUUCUAGAGCAUACAUGUGGCACAGCAUGUUCAACAGUUCCCCUAGCCACUUAGCUAGCUAAAGAUGAAGUGAUGUUCAACAUACCUAUUAAACAGUCUUCAGUUGAAAUUUUCUUGAUAACCGUUUGUUUUUAUUUUUUGGGGUUUCUUGAAGUGGUCUGUUACAUGCAGAUAUAUGUUUUCUCAUUCUAGUGGAGGUGGUCAAAGAGUGUCGUCACACGUGUUUGUUGCUUGUAAUAUUUUUGUAUUCUGUAGCAUUUCCUUGUACAUUUACCAUUGAGUGAAGAAAGAAAUUAACGCGAAGUAAUCUUUAUUUAACAAUUUUUCAAGUUGAGUUGGGAACUUAGGGCGGAAUUUUCAUGUGAUAACACCAAUGUAUUUUCACUCUUGGCAGUAUUUGUGCCUGGUAUGUCGAACAGGUUAUGGAUUUUAUA